AUGCAUACACAUCAACCGUUUGCUUCAUCAACCUACGCGAAUAAUGAUGAGAUAUCAAUCACUGUACAACAUCAGGAUUUAUGUUUAUUACCUAGUAAGAGUUAUCUACAUAUUUAUGGACGAUUGACUACUGACAACGGAACAACACCAACGCAGAGAACGAGACUUGUGAAUAACGCCAUCUGUCAUUUAUUUGAGGAAAUUCGAUAUGAACUCAAUGGAGUAGAGAUUGAUCAAGCGAAAAUUGUGGGUUUAACGAGUCUUAUGAAGAACUAUGUUUCUCAGAGCUCUAACCAAUGGUUUCUACUGGAGAAUGCUGGUUGGCUUAAGAAUGAUAGUAUGGAUAGUGAAGAGAAAAUAACUGAUAGUGCAGGAUAUUUCGAUAUCUCCAUACCACUCAGUCUCCUACUUGGCUUUGCUGAAGAUUAUCAGAAGAUCGUUGUGAAUGCAAAGCAUGAGCUCAUUAUCACGAGAUCGAAAACAGAUAUCAAUGCAAUACUCCAAAGACCAAUCAAUCCGGAAAAUCCUGAGGAGAAAUGGAAGAUUAACCUUCAAAAGAUUGAAUGGUUAAUUCCUUAUGUGAAAGUGUCUGAUGAGCGCAAAGUGAAGCUGCUCAAUUUCAUUGCGAAAGACACACCGAUUGCUAUGGGUUUUCGUAUAUGGGAAUUGUAUGAGUACCCAUUUCUCCCUACAACCUCAAAGCAUGUUUGGGUUGUAAAGACAUCGACUCAGCUAGAGAAACCACGAUACAUCAUUCUUGGUUUCCAGACCAACCAUAGGAACAUCUCGACAGCUAAUGCCAGUGGCUUCGAUCAUUGCAAUCUCCGAGAUAUAAAGCUUUUCCUGAAUUCGCAAAGCUAUCCAUAUGGAAACUUAAAUUUGGAUAUUUCUCAUAAUCAGUAUUCAACACUAUACAAUAUGUAUGUGAACUUCCAAGAUACUUAUCAUGAAUGA